AUAGAGUACGAAGAGGCGCGUAAUAUGACGCUGCUGUUCUUUCUUGAGCGCCUGCUCGAUCGUGGCGAACCGAGGACGCUGCACGACCUUUCCUGCCAGUUUGGGGCGCGCGGAUUCACCAAAGAAAUGCGUCAGAUCGUCGACGGUAGUCAAUCAGGCCUAAAGAAGUUUCUUGCCCAAUAUCCGGCCCUGUUCGAGAUAAAUGGUGAUUUUGUGCACAUCAACUCGUACCAGUCGAACAACCAGGAUGAUUCGUCGGUUUCGGGAAAACGAGAUUACAUUAAAGAGGCGAAAGACUACUUCAAGCACAAACUGCUCCAGUACGGCAAAGGCACGGAGGUGCCCAUUCGCAGUCUGCUCGGGCAUCGUAGCCAGGCAUCGCCUCAAGUGCGCCACAUCUCCGGGCAGCACAUUCGCGAGUUUACCGAAUUUCUCCUCAAACACCCGGACACGUUCCAGGUGAUCGAGAAUGAGAGCGUCGUGCUGGUGGGCUGUGAGGACGAAGAAGAGGUGCCGGCUUCCGAGAGGCUCCACCUUCCGAACUCGACGAUCGAUACACAAGCGACUCAGCAGCUGCUGGACUCGUUUGCUACGGUGAUCGAGAUCAAGGGCCCCAUUCUGGUCGAUCAGCUGUUCCACAUGGUGACGUCGAACUUCCCGCAGGAGCAGUGGUUUCACAUGUUUAAGAACCCCAGCGAUCUGAAAACGUUUUUGAAACUGUUCUCCGACUGCUUCCACAUCCAGUCUAAUCUAGUCACGCUGCUGCAGAAACCGAAACUGUCCGAUGCGCACAUCCGCCAGGCGCAGGACAAGUUGAACCUCUCCAAUAGCACUUUCCAGGGUGGUCAGCACCAUCAGAGUAAUCAUAGUUUAGGUAAUAUCAGUAGCCACAGCGGUGGGUCUUCCGGGAGUCCACACAAUCUACAGGCCGGCGGUUACAUCGGCCGGGACGUCGGUGGAGGCAGUGGAAGCAGCAUGAUGGGUAGUGCGAACGGAAGUAGCAACACCAGCCGGACGGCUUCACCGAAAAAUAUGAUCGGAGAUUUCAAGCUAAACGAACCGGUGUCGGUGGGUCUCGGUGGAGGCGCUGCUAACGUGCCCAAUGCUUCGACGCUUGUGACGACCAUGAAAAGCGAACCGAACAGUGGCUUCGAUAGUUUGCUCAUAACGAACGAUUUCAAAAUGGAAAAUCUGUGCCCAAGAAACUGCCCAAUGCUAACGAGCUACUCGACGACCAACACUCAGGACUCCCGGGUAGGGAGCGACAGAACCGCCAACAGUGUGACGACAGCCAAUACCGUCACUAGCAGUGUUGGUGCGGCUGUGAGUCCCAAAAAUCAAACGCUCAAGCAACGCAUCAAUAGUCUCGUGAUCAAAACGCUUGCCGAGAACCUGGAGAAGGAUAAACACUCGAUGAGUGCGAUCCAACAGCAGCAACAACAACACGGUAACGCCGCGGUCUCGACAUCCGGUCCUGCGACGGGCGGAACCGCCGCCGGUCAGGGAGGCGCCAUGUCUCCGACGCCUCCUCCGAUGGCGUCCGUCGGUAGUGGCAGUGCAAGUCCGGUCCACUCGAACAAUUACUUCAUUGGCGAUACGUGGAAGAUCAAGGUGCUGCAGAAUACGCGGGUAAUUGCUACGGUUAAAGAAUCGCUGUUCGUGACCAACGCCAUCCUAAGGUCCGCCCUUGAGGAACAGGCAAUCGUUUCCUUCGACUGUGAGGGCAUCAAUCUGGGUGUCCGUGGCCAGAUAACAAUGGUACAGCUUGGCACAACGCGUGGCGAAGCGUUCAUUUUCGACAUUGCCACCUGUCCCGAUAUGGUAGUUGAAGGAGGGCUGAAGGAGAUCCUCGAGUCUGAGAAGGUGGUAAAGGUGAUACAUGACUGCCGGAAUGACUCGGUCAAUCUGUUCAACCAGUUCCAGAUACUGUUGCGGAACGUGUUCGAUACUCAGUCUGCACACGCGGUGCUGCAGUUCCAGGACCAGGGAAAGCAGGUGUACAAGGUCAAGAACGUAUCCCUCAAUACAUUAUGCGAGAUGUAUAAUGCAACCGUGAACCCGAUGAAGGACCAGCUGAAGAACGUUUAUCGGCGCGACCAGAAGUACUGGGCGCGGAGGCCAUUGACACGGGAUAUGCUAUUGUACGCUGCCGGAGACGUGUUGAUUCUGAUCAAUGAACAACUCUACCUCAACAUGGCGACAUCAAUCAAGUCUGAAUACCGUGAGCUGCUGUCGGAGCUGUGUACUGAGCAGAUUUUAAUGCUAAUCCGCCCAGUGGACGUAAAGAUGCGCAAGAAGCAACGGAAGGUGCGAUCGGAAAUUCAGGACCUAAAGGUGAAACUAAAAUCCGCCAGCAAAAACAUUGUCCUGAGCAAUCGAGAAAUCAGACUGUUGAGGUAUAUGGAUUUGACGGAGGAGGAAAAGGAAAAGCUGAGAGUGUCGUACAAGGUAGCGAAAAAGUUGGACAAAUUGGAAAAUUACGACCGUGAUCGCUGUGAUCAGAGCGAUUCGGACGAUGAGUGUGACGCCACGGAGCAGGACUACCAGAGUAUGGACAGUGUUCCGUCCGACAACUCGUUGCCUGGGACGGGUACGGCAGGCAGUGGAACGUUUUCACCGAAGAGCUCCGAACCGCCCAGCCUGACCGAGUCAAUGCAGCUGAUGGACGAGAUCCUGUCCAACACAACAAUGGACAGAAUGGCGAAGAUCGACAAACUGGAAGCGAUCCUUUCCGCCGCUACCCUACUGCCGAACGACCAGUCGUUCGCGGACACUAUGUCCAGCUUCAAUGCCAAUACAAUUGUAGUAACGAACGAUAAUGUUCUACAGCCAGCAAAGGAGAAAGACGCCAAAGGGCGUACGAACAAACCCGGUUCGAAAAUAGCGGCCCGUUUGCAACACUCUGUAACGCCUCCACCGGCUCCGUUAACCGGCCACUAUCAGCAUUCAGCACAGCACCAUCAUCCGAUGCCACCGAAGGAAACGAAGGAUGCGGGAUGUCAAACGCUCAGCACUGGCGAUAUUGUGAUUACGAAGAUAUUUUUCAAGGAGGAUCAAGACAAGGCGAAGGCGCAAUCGUCCGCCGACAACAUGCUCACCACGCCGUCCACGGCUCAGCCGACGGACAUGCUCAAGAAAAACGGUACUACCGGUGGUGGCGCUCUCGAGAUGAUGGGCAGCGGGAAGCAAGCGCAAGCGCAGAGUGCCUGAGAGCAGUCGGAACGCCGACGAGAAGUCAAGAAUGCGAUCGCAACCUCUCCACGAUCGUGCUCUCUACGACGAAGAGCGAGGAAAAGGGCGUCGAUAGGUUUACCACAACAACCCUAUUUAGGUUGUAGCUGAUCGACGCGGCGUUAGUGGAGGUAGUGCUUUUUACGAAGGUACGAUUUUAAGAUGACCUGUGAGAGGUGGGUAGUACCCUCAUUUAAUGGCUGAAUUUAACAAUAACGACCCACGAACGCAUAUUACGACGAACGCCUUUUGAUAAUCGAACGCAGCAGCAAUAAUUUAUACAUUAAUUUAUUAGUGAUAUAGAACGAAACAUAUACACUCUUGCUACAUCCACACAUACUCUUUUCCCCUGCAUGAAGCGGACCACGAAGGGCUAUAUAAACAUAUUUUAUACUUCAUAUUUAUACCAACGAUUACGAGACUCAUAGAGUGAGACAAACGAAUAUGAAACUACUCCACUGCCUGUGGAGCAACUAUCGGCAACGGCUUGGCGAAUGUAAAAAUGCAGUUCCGUAUAGUGAGUGAGAAUCAAGUUAAUGAAGAAAUGGAGUUAAUGGAGAAGAAUCAAGUUAAUGGUGUUUCUUUGCCCUCUGUCUGCUGGGCAUUAACUUUUUAUAGUUAAAUUAACUAUACAUAAAAUAUAUAAACAUAGUUUAGAAAAAAACGAUUCAAUAAUUACAUCCACGUUAAACGCAAUUAACGGAUGCGCAGGCAGGAACGUAGAAAUAUUUACGCAGGCUAGGCACACGGAGUAGACGGCAUCAGAUUGACUGUUUUAGAGCCUUUCGAUAGUUAACAGAAUAGAGGGAAUUAAUAUAUAUAUAAUUUAUAUACACAUACAAAACGAUUAGCCAGCAAACUGUGAAUUAAUCAAUCAAAAACGAGGUACGUAGAAGUAAUUGCUUGCUCGACGUUACUCAAAGCGCAGGCCUGUAACAUAUAUAUUCUAACAAAGGCCUCCUUUAGUAGAACUUCUCGAACGUCGACACGAUCCUUAUGGGAGAAAUUUUUCGAACUAAUCGAUGAACAUUGCACUGGAAUGGGCAACAUAUCUUACGUUUUUUGCCGAUAAGAAGGCUCUGCGAUUUCCACAGUGAUUGAACAACUUGGUUUGGUGCAAUAUCUGUUGAACUAACAUUUCUUUUGUUAAAUUAAAAUUGUUGUGGUGAAUUGAAAGGCGCGCAAGUUUUCAUAGUUUAGAGAAGAAGAUUGCGAAAAACGUUUGAUUAGCGAAACGAAUGAAUUAGCAAAAUGAUAGUAUUGGGCAUUGUUUUGAAAUCAAUAUUGAGUGAACUUUGUGUGUGAAGCAUUGCUUGAUACUGCGGCACGUACCAGAUUACAUAUAUCGAACGAUAAUGUGCAUUGCGCAACAAAUACUGUAAACGUAAAACCUUAUGUUAGUUUCACUAACGGCAAGCAUAUUAUUUGAACUAUUAAAGUGAUCAGCCGAGUAAGUGCGCUCAUUUGGCAAAAGACUUGAAAUUGACAUAUAGAGAACUUGAAUUGAAACACUGAAGAAUUGUAAAUGAACACCGAGAUAGAGCAUGAUGUAUAAGCAAGAGGAAAACUAACGACAGACAGACCAUUAUA